GCUCGAUAAACAGAUGUGUACACUGAAGACUGUCAUCUCCCUCACUGGCCGGGUUAUUAUUGCCUCUGCCUCUUUUAUUCGUCACAGAAAAGUCACAACAAUGUAUCACAGGUAAUGACGGCCAGCUGUCUGGUGCUGUGGACAUCUGGGGACAUCACCUCUUGGGUCACAUUAAGUGGGAGGUUACGCUAAGCUGAAUGAAGCCAUCUGGUGGUAGCCAGAAUAAAAUGGCAAGAGUCACAAUGGGCAUAAGCCGCAGCUUCAUUCUAACCCUCGGAACGGGAAUGUUCUGCGGCUUCUUCUCCUUCUAUCUCUUAAACAGCACUGUAUCUGUGCACCCACGGUACAUAGAGGGCAUUAGUCCUCCUCAGAGCAUAGAGAGUCACGCACACAAUCAUGAUGAACUGGAGAGUGCCGCUGGACCGAUGGACAACGUGGCAAUGCACUCCAGCCACGAAGCUCACCAUGCAGGAGAAGCUGUGGAAGCAGAAAUUCUUAAGGAUAAAGUUCGUGUCUUGUGUUGGGUGAUGACAAACCCAACCAACCACCAGAAAAAAGCACGUCACAUUAAAGCAACGUGGGCCCGGCGGUGCAACAAACUGGUAUUCAUGAGCAGUGAAGAAGACAAGGAACUGGGAGCUGUGGCACUUGAGGUUGGUGAGGGACGUGACCACUUGUGGGAGAAGACCAAGGCUGCCUUCAUCUACAUAUACAACAACCAUUUUGAAGAUGCUGAUUGGUUCAUGAAGGCUGAUGAUGACACGUACGUUAUUGUUGAAAACCUACGGUAUAUGCUGAGUCCAUACGACGCCAGUCAUCCUAUAUGGUUUGGAUGUCGCUUCAAGAAAUACGUGAGGCAGGGAUAUAUGAGUGGAGGUGCCGGGUACGUGUUAAGUCGGGAAGCCUUGAGGAAGUUUGUCGAAGAAGCCAUACCCAACCCUAAGAAGUGCCGACCGGACCAUGCUGGGGCAGAAGAUGUUGAAAUAGGUAAAUGUAUGCAGAAUGUCGGGGUGAAGGCAGUUGACUCCCGAGAUAGCUUAGGUCGUGGACGGUUCUUCCCAUUUGUUCCUGAACAUCAUCUGGUUCCUGGUCACAUUGGUCCUAAGAACUGGUACUGGGAUUGGAUUUAUUACCCUUCCAAAGUUGGUCUUGAUUGCUGUUCAGACACCGCCGUCUCCUUUCACUAUGUACCACCUAACAAAAUGUAUGAACUGGAAUACUUCCUCUACCAUCUCCGGCCAUAUGGCAUCAACCACCAGGACCCCUUCCCACCUCCGCUCCCCCCUGAUACUAAAAGCAUCCCACAGAAGGUGAUAGAACAAUACAAGAAGGACUCUGUCUACACCAUUCAACACUCAGACGACAACACUAAACAGUCGAGACAAGAAAACCAAGGAAGUGAAGCAAAACGACAACAGACUAGUAAAGAUGGUAACACAGCGGACGUUUCUUUACGAAGGAAAGAUGACAAAUCAAAAGUUGUGUCGUAGUGAGAAACAUUUUUUAUAUGAACUUUCAUUUCAUAAUUUUGAAACUUGUUAUAGUGUAACAUUUUGAUGAGCAUUAUCUGUCAUAAGGUCUGUCACUGCAACAGUGAACCAAAUAGACCUUAUAAGAUAGUGAAGAACCUGUGUCAUUGUGAUAGUUAAGUCUUUGGUGCUAAAACUCAUAUUUAACCCCAACAUAUUCGCUGUCAACUACUGACAAGAUUAGUCAAACCCUCCUUUCCCUUAUAACCACAUCCACAUCACCUUUAUUAGGAUUUAUUUAUAUUCUGUUUUUGAUAGCCUCCAAUUAUGUGUAUCAGGUCAUAGCUGUGUAUUUCUCCUCAGAGGAUGUAAGUGUCUGGACCUCAUCUUGUUAAAGCACUUACACACGUACUGUAUCUCUAUUCCUGUCAUAGUUUAGGCACCCCAAAUUAUUCUUUAUUUCAAGUGUUUUGGUUAUAAGGAAAGAAUCUUUGACUACUCCUCACUCAGUAGUACACAGCCAUUCUCUUGGGGCUGAACUGUGUCAUAACCUGGUAGACUUGACUGGCAGACUGACACGAUUGAGUCCUUUACUCCCACCUUUGCUAUGGAAUGGAAUUUAAGGAUUAAUUUAAUACCUUUUGUGGAGGGCAUUAAGGGCAUUUUGUGUCAUGACGAUGGUUAAAUACUUUUGUAAAACCUGUUUCCUGUUAGACAGGUGAAAAAAGACCGUGUUUGUUCAAGUGCUUUUAUUUUACGAGGGAACUUUUUGACGGGAAACAUUUCUUUUAAGACAAUACAGUACAGUAGUUCUUGAUUAGAUAAAGGAUUGUACUGUACUUUGUUUGUUGUUCAUGUCUUGGGCAAAAUAAAAAAGAACCAUUAACACUGUAUACAUUGAAUUUGUAUUUUGAGCAAAUUUCUUUAUACGUAAUUAAAAUGUACUUUGGCAAAUAUCAAAACUAAGUAUUUAAAAUUGUAUUUGUAUUUCUGGUGCUUGUCUAUACAACCAGUAAACUUUGCAGUUCCUUUAUGUUGUCUGAAAAAAAAAGUCAGUUCAAAGAGUAUGAAAUUUAUUUUAUUUUAUUACUUUAGUUUGGUAUAAGCUUUAUUUUUAUUUUAUGUGCCAAAGAUAUUUUGUUCAUGACACUUUGAGUACUUACUACUAAGCAGCUCAACUUCUCCAUGUACCAAGUUAUUCAUUGUAACAUUUGAUUUUCUUGACCAUUUGUGACCUCUCAAGGAAACCGCAUGAGAUUUUAUCCAGAUCUUGGUGUUAAUCCUUACUUAAGCCUUUCUUUGUGUUAGGUCUUGUUUUACACACAUGUUUGAUCUUCUUUCCUCUACCUGAGAUUUGUUUUCUCUUAUUCCUUUAUGAACGAACACACACACACACUCUUUCUCUCAGUUAUAACUGUUACAGAGAGAAGAAUGAAUACCUUUUCUCUCUCUCAGGUGUAAGUGAGAGAGAGAGACAGGCAGAAAGGAAUUAAUACUCCUCACUCAAUCACAAAUGCUGUUCAUGAGAAGAAAUCUGCCCCUCAUUGUACAUUUCACAAACUCCAGGUGCUGACUACUGUACAUGGUCACCCAGAGUCACAAGCAGAGGAUACAGAUCAUAAAGUAUAUCCUCACAAACAACAAAAGGACUUUAACCCUUAACCGGUAGCCAUCAUCAGUGGAAGUUGGGUGUAGGGACAGUGGCCAUCAUCUGUGGACACUUUAUGUUCCUUGUGUUCCUUUUUUGUGCUUUUGGGGGCAGAGUAGAGAAUCGUUGGCUUCCGGUUAAGAGUUAGAGCACUGUUGUUGCCAGUACAGUACAGCAGUUGUUAAACUAACACUGCUUUAAGGUCAAUAUUGUCAUUUUCCUCACACUUUUCCUUUAUAUAUUUUAUUCAGGUAUUUUGUUAUAAAAUUUGAGUACAAGUACAUAUUUAGGUAACCACUAACAAGUACUGUACUGUGAUUACCAUGCAGUACAGUAACAGUGUUAGAAGUGCAUUAUAUAUUCUUUAUAUAAAUAGUUUAGGUUCUUGCUUGAAGGACACCAACAUGUCCAGGUUGACUCACCUUAAAAAAUUACUGUACAUUAAACCUAAAGGCUUAUUGUAAACUGUUGAUUUAUGCUUUGUUUUGUAACAGAAGUUUUACCAUUAUUGUACACAUCACAAUGAACUGAAUGACAAUAGAAUUUUAACUUUAAA